CGUUAUGCACACGGCACCGUGUCGGAGGUUCCUUCUAACACGAUAGUGCGCCUACGUACGUCUGCUUCGGACUGCUGCAACUUGCCGAUGGAGCUCCUUAAAAGAGAUGACGGGUGGUAUCUCGGAGUUAAAAUCAAUGAGAAUAUUUCCGUGCCCUGCCUGAUACUUCAGGGCGACGCAGAAGGUAUGAGACGCUGCGCGAACUGCAAUUUUGUUACUGAGACGUUGUGCAGACUAGAAUGCGAGCACCAGAUGUGUGAGUACUGCUAUGGAACCAUCACGUGCUACACUUGUAAACUUGAUCGAAUUGUCACAAGGAAAGACAAGACUUCGAAACCAUGUUACAACACGGAUUUGGACGGCGUUGUCCUUGGGUGUCCUGGAUGCGAGGAAUUUAAACUCUACUGCGCGAUGAAGAAUCACAUCCUGGAAAAGCACGCUAAAACUUUGAUCGAAGUGCACCGGCCCCAUCCCGAGAAUUUGGAAGAAAAGCAUCCAAGCCAGCAUAGGAAUUAUCCAGGACACGAGAACAGUGAAGGCUGCAGCAAAAUUGUUGAAACUGAAAAGCCAGUCCGUGCAGCUGUUGGCGCUGACCUUGACGACCGAGCAAUGGAUUGUGAAGACAGCACGCCCUUGGCUUCAAUAGGCGCAGGUGGCGGUGAACACCAAAACGACGCUGUUUACAAAUCGGUAUUCUGUCCAUACUGCAGUAAGCCGUGGGAAGAACAAGAGAUUGAGGAACACAUGGAUACCUGCUCAAAACUUACUACAGAGUGCCCGGAAUGCGUCGAAGAAAUAAAACCGGAAGAUUACGAAAAACACAUGAUACAAUGUUCUAAAAAGUGCGAAGACGAGAAGGCAGACGGGUCUCUAAGUUCCCCAGGAGUUGAUGACGGCAGUGAAAUACGCCAGAAAAUAGAAGAAGUUAAGGAACUCAAGAAAGCGAUACAGACAUUGGAAGAAAGAAUGAAGAAGCUGGAAAUGCCAUUGGAAAGGGUUAUCCAGCGACUGCGCGAAGAAGCACUGAAACGGAACAAGUAAAAUGUGGUUGUAGUUUUGGUUGCACAAAACUUGAGCUUUUAGAUAUUGUAGCCUUGAGGCAAAGAGUACAAACUUGCAGAAGGAUUUUCAGCCGCUGGCCGCUGUGGUAGUUCAGUAAUAGUGGCGUUCGGGUACUGAAGACGAGGUCGUGGGCUCGUUGCCAGGCAGUGGCAAAUGUAUUCAGACGGCGAAAUGCGAAGAAUGCAGACAUGGCCGUCUUUGAGUUCACGAAAAGAAAGAGAACUUGCUUCGAAAUAACCAAUCCUAUUUCUUUCGCUACAAUCAAAUAAAUACACGUUUUAAUAACUUUGUUCCCUGUGCUUUAUUCCUGAUUGACUUGUCUUGGCCAACUAAGAAGCUUGAGAUCAACUAUAACGUUAUGCUUCCUCUUGAAUUGAGUUUUUUGCAUCCAUCCAGUAAAGAUGAUACGAAGAUGCAAUAUCUUUAACAAUCACAAAUGGAUGCGUCCAGCCAAACCGUGUCAAUGACCAAACGCGGUGCUAAAAGUGCGUGCGCUCCCAUUUCUGGUACGGCAGUGCCGA